GCCGCACGCAUCGCUGCAGUUCAGACGCUCCGGGAGCGAAACCUCUCUCUCGUGUUUCUGCGCCAACCGCAAAGAAGAUUCCCCGCUGCACCUGCAUGGAUUACCGACCCGAUACAGCCGAAACUCGUCUCAGAUAAGUAGGAAAUAACUCAACCUGUACGUUUAAAACCGAUUUCAGAUCAGCGCCGACAGCGGCGAAACACCAAAGUACAGUUUUAAAAGAUUUUACACAGCCUAUUGAGACUUUCGUGGUUGUCAAACAAAAAAAAAAUAUUCCGGAUAGUUGUUGUUGUUUUUUUUAAAAAGAGGUGACAUGUUUUUAUCUCCAGGACCAGUGUUUAUGAAUGCGUGACGUGGGAAUAAACUCUGCAUUACUCUCGGAUGAAAAACCCAGAGGCACACAGUUUGGGAACUAAUCUGAAUUUAAGGCACUAGGAUGUAGUUUUGUCGGACCAGGGGGGGUUGAGGAUUUGGACCUCAGGAAUGAAUUUAGUAAGCCACCUCUGCUUACUUUCUGUGCUGUAGAGACUCAUCAAGCCAUGGGUUGAAAGCGACGAUGAUAGACUGCGGGGAUAUUCAACGUGGGAGGGAGGAGAAUUUUCUGUGUUAUGUAAUGAUUGACAGUGCCUGAUAAUUAGUGGUAGAUCACAAAAAAAAAGCAUCACCCCCCCAUUACCCCAUCCCCCCUUUCCCCCCCGUAUGUCGAGGAGGCUAAAAGAGUUGUUGAUGCAUUAGAGAUGUUCUAUAAUGAACUAAUACCAGAGCUCUACAAGUUAAUGAGCAGGAUAUGUCACAGGUCAGUGCAUACAUAUUCUACUUAUUCCUCUGCGUAUUUAUGUGCUCAGAGACACAUCAAAGCAAAUUGAAGUUCAUUGUAGAUCUUUGAUCAGCCUCAAUUUAGACACUACUUACCUCUGUCACUCCCUCCCCCCAGCAAAUCUUUAAAUAUUUAAAUAUUUUGCUCAGUGUUCAUCAUGUUGCCCCAAACUCUUGACCCACUCCCUGCUGAUUUGGCGUGGUCUUUCAAAAUGACUUUGAUUUCCGGAUAUCAGACAACCAACAGGGUUUUGAGCUUCUUUUUGAGCUUUGAACUAUUUUCUCAGCAUUGCAAUACUUUUAAAGGCUACUAAGAUGCUAUAAUGCUCAUUUUUGCCCUCAGAUUUGGGGACAUGUAGUCAGUCUGAACUUCUCAACCUCUUAUCCUCUGUGACUUCCUGUUUCUGAACAUCUGAAGACAUUAGUUAAUCUCCACUAGAGCCUUCGUUGGUCCCUCCCUCCCCCCCCCACUCAUCAGGGCUGGUGGGGGGGGUGGAUCUCGGCCCCUACGGGGUCAAAACUGUGGUUGUGGCUGGUGGUGGUCAUACACCUAGAGGCCCACCAUGGAGACCAGCCCAGAAAGCCCCAACCGGGCAGUGGAGUACCUCCUGGAGCUCAACAAUAUCAUCGAGAGCCAGGCCAAGCUCCUGGAGACCCAGCGCAGGCGCAUCGAGGAGCUGGAGGGCCAGCUGGACCGGGUCAGCCAAGAGAACCAGGACCUGAGGCAGGAUCGCACCCCAAGGACGCCGGGUUCAGACACCCCCGAUCAGAACCACAACCACAGCCAGCCUCUGUCUCUCCCCAUCCAUCAUGGCAGCGGUGGUGGCAGUGGCGGCGGCAGCGGGAACGGUAGCACCUCGACGGCUCAGGCGACAGCUGGAUCAGCCACAACUCCAGGGCCCAGCAGGGAGAGAAGGACCCACACCAGGCUGACCCGAGGUCUCUCCUGCGGCUCCUCCACCACCGAGCGAGACCGGCUUGAACGCACUGACAGCACAGACACCAACACCAGUUCCACCAUUCGUAGAAAUGUGGAAGGGGAGUCCCAGUGUCCAGAGACGGGCACCCACAAAGACAGUUCAUUCAGCCAGACACCUUACCUGCGUGGUUCAGAGCGCUACACUGACAGCAGCAGCAGCGUACCCUCUGGAUCCAGGGAGCCUUCAUGCGUGGCUGCCUCCAGUUCAGCCAGCUUGGCCUGGGCACUGCGAACACGCCACCAACCUGCAAGUCUGGCCCUCCGCAAGCAAGAGGAAGAGGAGAACAAGAGAUGCAAGGCCCUUUCAGACAGCUAUGAGCUCUCAACAGAUCUGCAGGAUAAGAAGGUGGAGAUGUUGGAGAGAAAGUAUGGUGGUUCCUUUGUAAGUCGCAGAGCAGCUAGGACUAUUCAGACGGCCUUCAGGCAGUAUCGCAUGAACAAGAACUUUGAGCGCCUCAGAAGCUCUGCCUCAGAGAGCCGCAUGACACGCCGCAUUAUCCUGUCCAACAUGAGACUGCAGUAUUCCUUUGACGAACGACAGCCUCAGCAGCAGGCCCAGACACAGACAAACUUCACCCACAGUGUGGCCAUAGGACCUCCUCAUUCCCCCGACACAGAUCGCCAAGGAGACUACACGCACUUAGAGGACUCCUUCUCCAAACAGGUCAAGUCCUUAGCUGACUCCAUAGAUGAUGCCCUUACCUGCCGCGCGGGUCGCGAUGACUCCCAGGAGGGCAGCAGGGAGGGUGGAGGGAUUAGUGAAGACUUUGGGGAGUGUGUGUGGAGCAGCAGCAGCAACCCCUCCUCCCAAAGAGGUUUGGGAGAACGAGCCAGGGGUGCUGGAGGAGGACUCAGUAUGCACGGUGACAGUACCGCCACCUCGUACAGUGACGUAACCCUUUACAUGGAUGAUGGCAUGCCCUCAUCCCCACUGUCCCUGGAUCGGGCACCCAGCAGCACAGAUACAGAGUACUGGGGCCCCGGUGUUGGUGUCGGAGGGCGUGAGGACAGCAGGGACACUGAGGGAGGGGGCAGCAGUAACAGUCGACGUAGCACCCCGUGUACUGAGUGCAGGGACUAUCGUCUAAGGGGCGCACAUCUGCCUCUCCUCACUAUUGAGCCACCCAGUGACAGCUCAGUGGACAUGAGUGACCGUUCAGAUCGUGGCUCUCUGAGCAGACAGUUGGUCUAUGAACAGGAGCCUGGGGUAGGGGCUGGCUCCCCUCAGGGAACCCUUAAACACUCCCCCAACACAGGCACCCGCCCUUCCUCCACAGCAGCUGCCCAGGGUCAGACCCGGGCUCCUGGCAGACCCAUACCCACACACAUCCCUCACCAGGUGGCGGCACUCCACCACCAUCACCACCACCCUAUCCACCACCAUCAGUACCCUGACACUCCCUCGUCCUCCUCCUCCCCGCAGCAGCCCCCCACCACUCCUCUGUCCUCCUCCUCCUCUACAGCUCUGCCUUCUGGUGGUCUGGAGCAGCCGUGCUGCUCGGACGGAGACAACGACUCACUCAACUCCACAACCAACUCCAACGAGACCGUCAACUGCAGCUCUGGCUCCUCGUCUCAGGACAGCCUGCGAGAGCCUCUGCCGCCUCUGGGAAAGCAGACCUACCAGAGAGAAUGCCGCCAUAGCUGGGACUCCCCACCGUUCAACAGUGAUGUGGUGCAGAGACGCCAGUACCGCAUAGGUCUCAACCUCUUCAACAAGAAGCCAGAGAAAGGGAUCCAGUACCUGAUAGAGAGAGGUUUUGUAUCGGACACUCCAGUUGGGAUUGCUCGCUUCAUCCUGGAGAGGAAGGGCCUCAGCAGGCAGAUGAUUGGAGAGUUCCUGGGAAACCGACAGAAACAAUUCAACAAAGAUGUUUUAGACUGUGUGGUGGAUGAGAUGGACUUCUCAGGUAUGGACCUGGAUGACGCUCUCAGGAAGUUCCAGGCUCAGAUUAAAGUUCAAGGAGAAGCCCAAAAAGUGGAGAGGCUCAUAGAGGCUUUUAGUCAGAGAUACUGUGUGUGUAAUCCGACCCUGGUUCGGCAGUUCCAGAACCCGGACACCAUCUUCAUCUUGGCCUUUGCCAUAAUCCUCCUCAACACAGACAUGUACAGUCCCAACGUCAAAGCUGAGAGGAAGAUGAAACUAGAGGAUUUCAUCAAGAACUUGAGAGGUGUAGACAAUGGUCAGGAUAUACCCAGGGACCUGCUAGUUGGGAUCUAUCAGCGGAUACAGAAAUGGGAACUACGGACCAAUGAUGACCAUGUGUCCCAAGUGCAGGCGGUGGAAAGAGUCAUUGUGGGCAAGAAGCCUGUGCUGUCCCUUCCCCAUCGUAGGCUGGUGUGUUGCUGCCAGCUCUAUGAGGUUCCUGACCCUAACAGACCUCAGAGGACAGGAGUGCACCAACGAGAGGUCUUCCUCUUCAAUGACCUUCUGGUGGUGACCAAAAUCUUCCAGAAGAAGAAAACCUCAGUGACUUAUAGUUUCAGACAAUCCUUCCCUCUGGUUGAGAUGCAAGUGCACAUGUUCCAGAACUCCUACUACCCUCAUGGUAUUCGCCUGACCUCAGCAGUCCUGGGUGGAGAGAGGAAGGUUCUUAUCGUCUUUAUGGCACCCAGUCAGCAAGACCGCACCCGCUUUGUUAGCGACCUCAGGGAGAGUAUUGCUGAAGUGCAAGAGAUGGAGAAAUAUAGAGUCGAGUCGGAGUUGGAGAAACAGAAAGGUGUCAUGCGGCCCAGCUUGCUUACUGGAGGUGUGGUUGGAGGAGGCGUAGGUGUGAAGAGCGAUAUUGUGAAUGGCACCCUGGGAAUGACAAGUUUUGAUGACAACUGCUCAGUGGGUGAGGGUCUCAAACGCACAGCGCUCAGCUCAUCUCUCAGGGACCUGUCGGACACAGGGAAACGUGGUCGCAGGAACAGUGUUGGUUCUUUGGACAGUACCAUGGAAGGCUCCAUCAUUAGCAGCCCACAGCCUCACCAGCGCUAUCCAGUGCCAGGUGUGGUGCCUGGCUGCUACGGAACAGAAGACUUCCGGCCUCACCGCCCCAUCCUGAGCCCCGGAACGGGGGUGGGGGGUGGGCCGGGGCAGCAACAUACCACUGCUGGGACAGGAGUUGGGGGAGUCUCCAGCAGUGUAGAGAGAGCAGGAGCGGGGAGCGGACCUGGGGGGAGCAGCAGCACCAACAACAGCGGCUCCUUCCUGGGAUCCCUAUUCGGCAGCAAACGCGCCAAACCACCAGGGCCCCUUAUUCCACCGGGGCCACCAUUCCCCGCGCCUGUCCCCCCACCGACUACAGGAGGGCCCCCUCCUCACUCCCCUUCAUCUCUGUGCCAGCUGGACGGGGGGCCUUCCAAGAUCCAGGCACUACACGCACAGUACUGUCACGCGGCCACCGUGCAGCCCCCACCACCUUACUACCAUCACCAUCGCUACCACGUCCAAACUGUCCCUCCUCCUUUGCAAGGUAUGCCCCCUCAUACUAUACAGAGAGGCCCACUACCUUGUCGUCCACCGCUCGGCCCACCGCACGGUCAGCACCCACAGCUGGCCCAUCUCUCCCAGCUCUCCCAGCAUGGGCUUCCGGGUCGUUACGCCAACAUGGUGGUGGGAUGUCCCCCCCCCCUUUCUCCUCUCUCCCAACACUCCCAGAAUCCACAGUUCACCCUCUACCACGUGCAGCCCACACACUCUAUCAGAGGGGUCGGCGCCCCUGGUACCAAACUUCCACUAACCUUGUCACACUCCCACCCGCACCCCCACGCACACUCCCAAACCCACCCCGGACACGUGCACACACCACACCCAGCCAGCCACUCUACCCAUCAAACACACUUUAUAUUCGGCACUCUGCCCCACAAUCUACCAUCCGCGUCCGUCAAUGCGCAUCACGCAGCCUCCGCCGCCCCGUAUCUGCCCCAGUACCCUCCUCUCUCUUCCAUCCCCCCCCCCUCACCACACUCCCCUUUACCCCCCCCUUCGUCCCCCCUUACCCCUCUUACACCUCUCUCCCCUCACCCCCCCCAGCACCCAGGGCAGCCUCAGCAGGGGCCGCAGGUGACGGGGGCUGGAGCGACAGGUACAGGGGGCAGCUCCAAAUCCAAACCUAUCAACCGGAUAAGUACCGUGGUAUGAGCAAGAUGUGGGGCCA